CAAGCAAACGAUUACUUCCGCUUUGAGCUUCUGUCCGUCUCUGAUUUGGAUGCUUAAUUGAUGAUUGUUUUGGCAAUUACUUAAUAGAUUUAUCACGAUGUUAUCUUUCAAACACGAGUGUUCCAGAUACUGUUCGGACUGAAGUUCACAUGUAACGCGAUUAGUGUUAUAUUAAAGGAGGAAAUUACAUGAAAGUGGAAAUUAUGGGCGAGUUACGAAGGGUACCUGUGACUUUGUUUAUAUUCCUUGGCGUGUUGUUCUGGAAGUCUUACGGUGAAUUAAAGCUUUGCUAUCCAAGGAAUUACAAUUUUGGCUCCUUUGUAUGCGUUUGCAACUCUACUUACUGUGAUACUGUACCAAAUAUUGAAAAACUUGACAUUGGUAGAUAUGUAGUCAUUGUAACAGAUAAGAGAAACUUUCGCCUAUCAAAUUGUACAGGUAGUUUUAAGAAAUCAAAAAUUGAAGAUGCCAGUCCAAUGUCAAUCAACUACAACAAAACCUUCCAGAAAAUCAUUGGCUUUGGUGGUGCCUUUACUGAUGCAACUGGAAUCAACGUAGUGUCAUUACCAAAAAAGGCCCAGGAGAAAUUGCUACAGUCGUAUUUCUCUCCACUCGGAAUUGAAUACAACAUUGGUCGAGUUCCAAUUGCUAGCUGUGACUUUUCCACUCGUAUCUAUUCUUAUGACGAUGCCGUAAAUGACACCAAAUUAAUGCAGUUUGAUUUAGCUGAGGAAGAUCUUAAUUAUAAGAUUCCAUUAAUAAAAAAGGCUCAGAAAAUGAGUAAAAGAAAAGUGCUCUUGUUUGGGAGUCCAUGGAGUGCUCCAGCUUGGAUGAAGACAAAUAACAAUAUGACAGGCAUGGGAAUGCUCAAAGGGAAACCUGGUGGUGCCUAUUAUAAUGCGUGGGCACUCUAUUUUGUCAAGUUCCUUGAAGAGUAUAAACAUUUCAACAUCACAUUCUGGGGUUUAACAGCCCAGAAUGAACCCGUAGAUGGCUUGAUUUAUAAAUUCCCAUUUCAAGCUAUGGGCUGGACACCUCAGCUGCAACGAGAUUUCAUCAUCAAAGAUUUAGGACCACUACUCCAUAGUUAUGGUUAUGGUAAUUUGAAGCUAAUGAUAUUUGACGACCAACGAACAUUUCUGGUUAAUUGGGUCAAAACAGUUUUAAAUAACACCUUAGCCAGAACAUUUGUGUCUGGCAUCGGAGUACAUUGGUAUGAAGAUAUUGACCUGACAUUGUCAUUUCUAGACAAGACACACGAACUGUUCCCUAAUCAUUUCAUUUUGGGAACUGAAGCUUGUGCUGCGUCUUAUCCAUGGGAGCAGCCCAAAGUGGCUCUUGGAAGUUGGAAGCGAGCCGAAAGUUACAGCAAAGACAUCAUCCAGGAUUUGAAUCACUGGGUGACAGGUUGGACAGACUGGAAUAUGGCUCUUGAUCUUGAAGGUGGUCCAAAUUGGGCCAAGAAUUUUGUUGACAGUGCUAUUAUUGUUAAUAAAACAGCUGGGGAGUUCUACAAACAGCCCAUGUACUAUAUAAUGGCACAUUUCAGUAAAUAUAUUUUACCUGACUCUGUAAGAAUUGAAAUCACAAACAUACCAAAAUUUUUAGAUGUAGUUGGUUUUCUCCGUCCCGACAAAGCUACAGUUGUCGUCAUUGUCAAUCGACAAGAUCAAAGUGUUAAAUAUACAAUACGUGACCCACACCUAGGACAAAUUGUAGGUAAUGCCGAUCAACAUUCAAUCCAGACAUUAAUUUGGUGGAACAAAUGAUGUAAGUAUAUUGCAAAAUCUGACCUCACCAACAACCUUAUUGCCUCUCUCCACAAACGUCUUUAGAUCAUAAAUUGAGAGAACCACUUAAAUACCUGAAAGAUAAAACAUGCCUGCCAUAUCUUAAAAAAAAAAAAACAUCCAUUGGACAGUCUUGGAUAUACAUCAACAGAUAGAAUGCUGAUGACUGGAACAUCAUGUUGUUGUUGAAUAACUUCAACCAAUCUCAAAAUUCUUGUUGAUUCAUCUAUAAAACUGAAAUAAACCUGAGUCUAAUCCAUUCUAAAUACCAGACUGUAAUAUUUCUACCUACUUUCUAAUGGCUUAAACUAAAUUGCCCAAUGAUGGAUGUCACACAUUAGAAACAGUGAAGCAGAAAAUAUAUUUCAUGUUUAAUUAUUUCACUUAAUUAUGUGAUGUAAUUAGUUUCAUCAUCACUAAAGCAGGCAUGUAAAUAUCCAUCAAUUUACGCUCUAGCUUGUAUCUCGACAUAUAUAUAUUCCAAUCCUUUUCUGUUGUAAACAUUAUAAAGGAAUUUUAGAUGGAUGAAUCAAGAAAUAUAGACUGUUAAUACACCUUUAUAAUGAGAGACUCAGGACAACUUUAGAUACAUAAAGGUAUAAAAAGUAAUAGCAAACUACUUAAGACAAUUUUAGUUUCCAAGUUUUAUUUGAGAAAUAUAAAAAGAAAAAAAAUGAAGAUGUUCCACACUAUUUAGUCCAGGCUAUUAAGAGUUGAAGAAAGUUCUAUGGAAAUAAAAUAUUAGCAUUCUGGUGAAAUAUUGCUUAACAUUAUUGAUGCUGCCUUCAGUUUGAGAGGGGCUCUUAAAAGAUAACAUUCUUUACCACGUAUUUGUUAUGGAAUACUAACAUUUUAGAAAAUCUGAACAAAAACUAACAAUUAUACUGGUUUGAUAGGAGGAGAGAGAGAAAUAUUUUUCAAUUGAAAUGUUUAAGUUAUUUAUCAGUUGCUUGUGAAAUAACUUCCUGUCGAUCUGCCUUAGCAACAUAAAGAUCAGCUUUGAAAAUGUAUAUAAUUUAAUGGAAUUUUAUUGAAAUAAUCUCUUGGAGAUGGACGACACUAGAAGUUUAGGAAAUUCUUUGCAAGCUUUGCCGAAGAAAUACAGAAAGUGAAGAUUUUCUACCAAGUCAAAUAUGUAUUUACCAGCCUUAAUCACUGUCUAUUUUCACUUUUGGUAUUUUAAUUAAAACACCCUAUCAUUUUCUUAAUUUCAUUUCAAGGAACCAAUUCACAAGUUGCUAACACCUACGAAAUAAAGACGUUGGAAUCGAUUUUGAAAAAAAAAACCCAAAGUAUUUACUUUUCUUAAAAAUAAAGUAUUAAAAACUA